AUGGGUUUGUUGAGCGACACAAAUAUGAAGACGAACCAGUACUCGAAUCUCACGCUAGCUUUUUAUUGCACAUAUUUGGCCUUUGAGCUUCCGACGGGCUUUCUAAUGCAAUGGUUGCCCACGGCAAAAUAUCUGGGCUUCAAUGUGGCAAUAUGGGGCCUCAUGACAACUUUGAACUGCACUGCAAGGAACUUCGGCGGUUUAAUGACCUUGCGAGUCCUUUUGGGCUGCUUUGAGAGUGCAAUUGCUCCAGCUCUCAUCUUAAUCACUUCUAUGUGGUAUAAACGAAAUGAGCAACCCAAACGCUUUGGAAUAUGGUACCUUGGCACCGGAACCGCCUCCAUGAUGGGUGCUCUAGUUGCCUAUGGCCUUCUCUUCUAUACCGGGGACAAUUUCAAAUCGUGGCAGAUCAUGUUCCUCAUCUUUGGGAUCAUCACCAUCGCCGUUGGAAUCAGCAUCUUUGUCUUUCUCCCUGAUAACCCCAUGACAUCCCGUCUCACCCACGAAGAAAAGAUCUUCGCCAUCGAGCGUCUACGCGAGAACCAAACCGGCAUCGAGAACAAGCACUUCAAAUGGGCACAGUUCGUUGAGGUCUUCAAAGACCCACAGACCUAUCUCAUCGCCGUGAUCGUAACGGCAAUGGACGUUCCAAACGCUGCAAUCAGCAGCUUCACCUCCUUGAUCAUUAAAAACAUCGGCUUUACAACCAAGCAGACCGAGCUGUUAAAUAUCCCCAAUGGAGCCGUCAGUAUCGUCGCUAUCCUGAUUACAACGUGGACAGCCUCCCGAUAUGACCAGCGUUGUCUCUGCAUCAUCGCAGCGCUACUCUGUAGUCUCUUGGGCAGUUGCCUUCUUGCCUUUUCGGCCAAAGACAUGAAAGCCACCCAGCUAGCGGAGAGCUAUCUGAUCCAGGCUGAUGGUUCUGCUUUGCCGUUAAUUUAUUCACUUGUCAGCGCCAAUGUUGCGGGUCACACCAAGAAAGUGUCUAUGAAUGCCAUCAUGCUUAUGUCUUUCUGUUUGGGUAAUAUUCUCGGUCCGCUGACCUUCCGAACCAAAGACGCGCCAAAUUACACACCUGCGAAGAUUGGAAUUGUAGCAACCCUUGCGGUCACCAUUGUUACUUCUGUCUUACUGCGGUAUUACUAUAUUUGGGAGAAUCGUCGGAGGAACCAGCAACAUGAGGGGGAAGUUCGCCAGGAGAACUCGGGAUUCUUGGAUAUGGCGGACCGGAAUAAUAGACAAUUUCGCGUGAGUCUUCUGAUCUUUGAUAAUUUGGACUUGUACUGA